AUGACACACCUCGAUCUUUUCUUGCAAAAGGGCCCGUUGAGUGGGAAUGUGGUGCCCGGCCUGGAAGAAUUGCGCCGCAUCGUUCUGCUCGACGGCAUCCCUUCCAAUAACGAUGGCAUGUCCGAGCUACGUAUUUACAUCUGGCUUAUCCUGCUGAACGCGCCGCCGCUGAGAACGAACGUCUACCUCGAUCUCGUGGGCCAAGGAGCGUCUCCGGCCUACUCGAAAAUCCGCGACGACACGUUUCGCACUCUAACCACCGACCCGCUCUUCCGGAGGCGCGUGUCGGAAAAUAGUCUCACGCGCGUGCUCAACGCCAUAGCAUGGAAGCUGCACGACGCCAAUGAGGCGAGGGUGAAUGGCUGGAUGUCGCCGCCGACGCUGGACGUGCCUCGCAGCCUCGACGGCACGAGCGACAUCUUCCACUCGCCUAAUUCCGUCAGCGGAAGGAAUGCUGGAGCAGGCUCGGUUAUGGGGACUGAAGGCUCCGAAGCAGGCGAUGUCCCCUCUGUAGCCCUUGGAAGUGUUGGCUAUGUGCAGGGCAUGAACGUCAUGGCCGCGCCGUUUCUGUACACUGCGAAAAGCGAGGUGGAGGCUUUUGCCGCCUUCGAUCGCUACAUCAACAACGAGUGUCCCGGUUACGUCAGAGGGAGUAUGGAGGGUGUGCACAAAGGUGUCGCUCUCGUGGAUCAAAUCCUCGGCAUCGUCGAUCCCAAGCUGGCAGCCCAUCUGCAAUCCAAAGGCAUGAAGGCGGAAAUCUAUGCAUUCCCCAGCGUGCUCACCCUCUGCGCAUGCACUCCACCACUGCCGGAAGUGCUACGAUUGUGGGACUUUCUUUUCGCCUACGGCUCGCAUCUCAACUUGCUCUGUAUUGUAUCGCAGCUUGUGUUGAUGCGGGAUCAGCUGUUCAACAGCCAGAGCCCAAAGCCUGAUUUCAAGCCAUUGAGAGCGCAGCAAGUCAUCGAUCUCACAGUCAACUUUGCGCGAAAAAUCCCGAACGAGCUGUACGAACAAAUGCUCGUCCAUGCUAAAUGA